UGUGUACAGUCCAAGUCCUACCGGAAGGUGAAGGGUCAAGUUAAGUUUAGAGUUCACUAUAGUUAAGAAUAUAUAGAUAUUUCACUAAGUAUCAUUUUCAUAUUUACGAGUUUUUAUGGUACUCAUAUAUGGGUUGUUUUCUUUACUUCGCAUAUACAAAUAGAUAAGCAAACAGACAAACAAAUACAUACAUAAACAAAUACAUAAACAAACACAUAAAAUAGUAAACAGAACUCAUGGAAAGAAUAUUCUACAAUUCAGACGUAGUAGAUAUAGGUACCAAACUACCAGUAUAUAUAUUUGAUACAUCAUAUUUACCAUCUACUGAUGUCAUAGAUUAUGAUGAAUUUAUUCCAACCCUAAUGUCAUUUGUACCUCAACAUCCAUACGUAUUAAUUAUGUUCAAUUGUGGAUUGAAUAAGAUUAGUUGGAUUUGGGGUAUAAAAUUUUUAAAAUCAUUCUUAGCUGAUAAUCAAGUUAAUUUACAAAAUUUACGGAAAAUAAUUACCGUUCAUGAUAGUUGGUUUAUAAAAUCAAUAACUCAAAUAUUAUCUACUACUAAAGUAAAUUUACUGAACUUUAGUAAAUUUAUUGAUUAUUUUACUCUUGAAUCAGAUUCAAUUGAUAUUGAAAAUUUAGGUCAAAAUAGUUUUAUGAUUCACAGUAAAACUUUAUCUCAAUUAAGUCAUUAUAUCGAUAUAACUCAAUUAAAAAUUUCAUUAAAUAUUUAUAAACAUGAUCUUCAAGUUGAAUCUGAAAUUCAAUUAUCUAAACGAUAUAUACCAUUAUUAAAUCCCUUAACAAAUUUUAAUUAUUCCAAGAAUCCUAUAUUUUAUCAACAUUUUUAUCAAAUAUUUAAUAUAAUAAAUUUAUAUUCAACUAAAACUGAAUUAAUAUUUCAUAAACCUGGUAAUAAAUUAAAUACUGAUGUAUUAUUUAAUUGUAUUAAUAGAAAUCAAUUAAUUUGGAUUAAUGAUUGGGAUUUAUAUGGUAUUGCAACUACUUUUAAAAAAAUACUAAUGGAAUUACCUCAUCCAAUAAUACCAACUAAUCUUAUACCAUUACCUAUGAAAGAUGAUUAUAAUUAUACAAGUCAAACAUUUAAUAAUCUUUUAAAAUAUCAUUCAUCAAAUCAAUUAACUGAAAAUUAUUCAUUAGUAUUAAUUCAAUUAUGUGAAUUAUGUCUUCAUUUAAUUUCUAAUAAUGAAACAACUCAUCAUACUUCAUUAACUUUAUCUAAAAGUCUUAGUCAUUGUUUGAGUCAUGAAUUAAUUUCUUCUCAAAAUAAAGAUAAUAUUUUAAUAAUAAAUCGAUUUUUAAAGAAUUUAUUAGAUAAUUGGUCUAAAUUAAGAAUCAAUUAUGUUAAUGAUUCUUUAUACUAUACGGUUGAAGAUUGUAUAUUAGGUAAGCCUGAAUUGGUUAAUAACAAAAACAAAACCAAAAUUCAAAAUUUAACUCAAUCAAAUUUACCUGAUACUUCAUAUGAUCUUAGUUAUGAAAUCACAGUAGAAGAGAAUACUCUAGAAGCAGAUGAUGAUAAUGAAGUAAGAGUUUCUGUAAAUACAACAACCAUAUUAAAUCAUAAUCUGAAAUUAUCUAAAGUAAUACCAUUAACCAAUAAUAUGACUCCAAUAAAGAAUCUUAAUCGUGAAAUACUUUCACCUUUAAUUAAUUUAAAUUUAUCACCUAAUAAAUUUAUUAAUACAACAACUACAAAAGUUAAUAAAGCACUUUCAGAUGUAUCUAAUGUAUCACUACAAUAUCCACCUCAAAAGUAUAAAUUUUCAGAUACUACUUCUAGGAAACCAUCACCACCAAGUAUGAUUUCAGCAGAUAUGUCAACUAACAAUACGAAUACAAAUACGAAUAUUAGUAAAAGACCAGUUAUUAGAGGUAGAAAAGUUAGUGAAUUAGCUAAAUUAUAUGAAGAAAGAGCAAAAGGUUUGGAACUCUUAAAGGGUUUAUAGGGAAGCAUUGAUAAAAACACAUUA